AAAAACAAAAAAAGUACGAUGUAACCAGUGAGCGCAGAAUAUAGACUCAAUUGGUUUAAAACAAUAGAGUUCAGUGAUGUAACCCCAGGUGUGAUUUACUGUAACAUUAAGAUCCCUAUAUUGGUCAAAUACACACAAGGUCCAACUGAACUGUGACUUCCACUUUUUAACCCAACACCUCCAAAAGACUCAUACAUACACAUAUAGAGGUUUUGGAGAGGUGCAGGGGACUACCACACUGGGCGCCCGGGGAGCUGUUGCUGGGGGGGUUAAGUGCCUCGCUCACGGACACAACGGCAGACAAUGGAAUCUAGGAUUUGAUACCAGCAACCCUCCGGUUGCCAGCUCACUUCCCAACAGAUUUUUCCCUGCAGACCCGGGAUUCAAACUGGCAACCGUCCGGUUGCUGGCUCCCCUCUAACCACUAGGCUACCUGCUGCCCUGCCAUACCUGGAUCAGUGAUGGAAUCUGAGAAUCUUUGGACUGAUCUCAUCCUGACCCCUCCUGUUGAUCUGUCUGAAGUUUAUCUUAGCUUUAACAGUUUCACAAGUUUAUCUACGAAUGGCUUUGAUUCUCUAUAUGGUUGGAUAGAUAAUUAAGCUUAUGGGUGGGCUCCAGGAUGUACAGUAAACAUGAGGAAGUGGAGAAAAGAUUGGCUGCAUAUGACAUUGAUCAUGGCUACAUGAGUGGGGUUCAGAGAGGAUAUUGCACUCAGACAUACCCGUUCAGGGUACGUUGAGGUAGAGGUGAGGGAGGGCGGUAGAGGUGAAGGAGGGCGGUGUCACGUGGAGCCCCCCUCUGAUCCAGAGAGCACGUCGUGGUGUGCUGUCACAGAGCCAUGACCCCGCCCUCAGCAACAGGAUACCUGUGAUGGAGAGAGGACAAAAUCAGUUUGUGUCACUUUACUGAGACACACACAUUAUUUUGACCACAGUCACUUAGCAGAUGCUCUUGUCAAGCGCCUCUUGAACUCUAGUCGACACCCAGGCCUAGACAGUAAAUGUGGCCCAUGUGAUACGGUGAACUGAUAACCAUGGCGUUGCCCAAACCUUGUCCAAGCAACUGAGUCGUACAAUCCACUCCUACAGUCAAGAGAAGUGGUACAGUAUGUACUAUAUGCAGGCUACUGCUCACAUGUACACACAUCCUGACACGUAUUUGUCCAUGAGCACACAAUCACAAGGGUACAGCAGGCAAACAGAAACACACCCUCUGUGUGUGAGCACAAUGCAUUUGUCAACACAGUGCUGUUUAAACUGGACCUUCCCUGGACUACGGUAUGUCAGCAGUAGCAAGACUGACUCUUGACAUGGCCAUGAGAAAAAUGUGCCUAUUUGAAUGCCAGAAAAAAGAUUGUAGUUAGAAGUAUAAUUUUUAUUUAAAUGAACUCUCAUUGGAGACCCCUGCAGUGGACUUCACUAAUACAGUAUGUAGAAUGUUUUGUGGACUUCACUAGAUUUCUGUGAAAUCGGGGGAGCCUGGACUAGUGAAACUUAAUGUGGCCAUAACGUGUGGUUAUUUGCUCUAUGACCUUGUGCUUCUGGCCACUAACUGGAGCACAAUGGGGGACAGCUUUUUUGUCUGCCACCACUUGGCGGCGCUCUAUGCAUAUGGAUAUGUCUUGUCUCGUGGCGUGCUUCCCUAUUUUGCCAACUUCCGUCUCAUUUCAGAGUUAUCCACACCUUUUGUGAACCAAAGGUGGUUCUACGAGGUGCUGAAGUACCCUCGCUCGGACCGCUUGGUUGUGGCCAACGGCAUGGCCAUGGCAGUGGUCUUCUUCAUGGUGCGCAUCUUCGUCAUGCCUCCCUACUGGGCCCGGGUGUUUGCCACCUUCGGAACGGAGGCCUUUGAGCGCUUGGGCAUCGGUGCUCAGGUGGCCUGGAUCACAUCCUGUAUCGCCCUGGACAUCCUCAACACCAUCUGGAUGUACAAGAUCGCCCGCGGCUGCUACAAGGUCAUGAUGGGCGCCAGCGGCAGGAAGGCCAGAGAGGUCUCCCCGCUCAAGCAGAACCAUGUGAAUAACCACACAGACUAAGAGAUACUGGCCGGCGGGGGGAGAUAGACAGACUCUGUGGAAGGGAGACAGGAAGGACUUCAAGGGCUCUUAUAGCCCCUGCUAGCUCCAGCCUUGCUAUUAUCUCCAUACCCAGAAAUCAUGCAACCGAAUGGAUUCAGGUCCUCAACAGAUUCAGCCUCACAGAAUGAGACUGGUCCCACACUAGCUUCUGUACCUCAGUGUUUCAUCAAUGGUAUGGUGGUACCCUGUCUGGGUUUGGUUGGAGAUGACAGAGUAGCUGUUAAGUAAACUCAUUCUUGUUCACCUUCAACUUCAACCCAAACUCAGUCAUCUGAAGUGCCUGUGAUGGACAGGUAGAAAGCAAUAAAAGAAGAAACCGUACUCUGGCUCUGUCAGACUCCCUCGGCCAUCAUCCUUUACCCUUUUCAGUUCCCUGACCCGUCCACCCAGAGGAGAGCCUCCUGCUUUGCCCACAGAAUAAGUACCUGUUAGUGUGCUAGUUUGACAGACCGAGACACCGCAAUGCCUCUUACUGCAUUUGCUGUGGCCUCCUUUUUAUGAACGCCACCUACAUCGCCAGCAGACCGGUCCCCCUCUCACAGCAACAGUUCAGAUUGAAUCACCACUGGAUUUCCCAUCCACAGCCUGGAUGCACAGGGGAAAUGGAGACAGGGAUGUGGGGAUUGGAUCCUACCGCUGCCGCCAACUCUCCGGAAUCAUGUUUUUCAUUGGACGCUUUUCCCUCAUCUCAUCCAGGGUCUGGCUGUGCUCUGUUUGCGUCUCUGGGAUCUCAGUUAUCCCAUUUGUUCCUUCUGUUACUCAACCUCAAAACCAGGAAUUGACAACGCGUCUUAACUUCACUACACUAUCAUAACCCUCUGUCACAGCGGAGCGGUUAAAUCCAUCCAGUUUGAUGCUUCUGUUCUACCUCUCCCCUGCCUUAUAAAGACGUGUCAGUCCCUCCAUAUGAGAAUAAUCACAAUGAGUUGUUUUCUCCUUCUGUAAAGAUGUUUUAGCCUUUGGAAAGAUCUCAUCCAUUAUCUCUAGUUCAGUGGACUGGAAAGGACGUUUUCUCUGUUUCUCUGGAGAUUUUCCCAGCCACUGCAGUGUAACACUACUGUUAAACACAACCCUUGUUCUAGUGUCUAUCUAAGGUACCUCUGGGGAUUUUAACUUUCAUUUUUCUCCUCUAUUUUCUGUGUUCUAUUGAGAACUGAAUUUGGAACAAGAGCGGGUUCCUUUAGGGGGGGAAGCAUUCUCCUGUUUUAGGUGCUGUUCUGCCUACAGAGUGGCAGCCAUAGGAAUGCUGGAAAUGUGAGGUUCCCAAUCGUUUCUAUAGAUAUUCAUGUAAGAUCAAUUAUGAAUGACCUAUCUGACAAGAACAGCCAUACGCUGGCAAUGUUGUACUAUAUGUGUAACCAUGUAAAGUCCUACUGUAUUACUCAGUUGGAAAUCGUCCUUUCAAAUCAAGUUGAUUUGAUUGAUUCAAAUCACAGAGCUUGUUAAGGAAACGUUGGAUUAUGAUGAUUUAUACUCUAGUUUGGAUCACUAAACAGGAUAAAUAUGAAUUGCAUUAAUCUAUGGGUUCCUCUGCACUUCAUUUUAAUCCGUGUAUUUUAUGUUUUUCACCCAGCUGUAUUGAGUGCAUGUUAAGUGUUUUGUUUUCUGUCCUCCUCCUGUCCCUAAAGCGUUGACGUCGUUUGGGACGGGGGGUCUGAAAUGUUUGACUUUUCACUGUGGAAUUAAAGCACACUCCCCAUGGUGGAGCAAUAACC